ACUUCCCUAAAGAAACCAGCUAUGCCCAGAUCUGCACUGGCAAAUAAUCUAUAUAGAGGUCAUCUUCCUACUGAAUUUUGUGACCUUAUAUGGGUUGAAGAGAUGGCAUGUGCUAUUUAUCAUAUCACUGCCCAUGUAACCCAUUUGUAUGGAUCUUCAGAACCUGAACAGCCAAAGGUUCUUCAUGGAAACACCAUAAUACAUGAUAUGAAUGUCAUAUCAACAACAACAGUGCUUCCUAGAACUCCUGCAGACAUCACUGGGUAUCUCUGUUGUAUUUAUUGA